ACACCAGUGUCUCAUAGAUGUCCUUGUGGUGCGUGAUAAGCAAUCACGUGCUCUUUUAAUCUUAGGUUAUGAAGUUGAUUAGGAGUUUUAAAAAGCGAUCGUCUGCUAUUGAUGCAACAAAUGUAGGAGAGGUGGUGAGAAAAACAAGAGUAAAACACCGCCAAAUGGCAGAUAUAUCUACGCAAAUUAACAGUCUACUUGUUCGUAAUAAGCAAUCAACAGAUUCAAUCAGUGAAGUAUUAAGAUCACUGCUCCAGUAUCUUAAUUCAGAUGCGAUAUACUGUAGCAUGAUAUUUCCUUUAACUCGUGAUUUAGAAAAUGCUCAUUUUGAACUGACCGAUACACUAAAUAAAUUGUUGCCAGAGUCUAUAUUUAAACAAAUGGCAAAAUAUAAACACUUAGAGCCUCAAUUAAAAGAAUGGGAAUCAUCAGCUCAUCGUGUAACUCGACAAAAACGUAAUCUUGACCAAAGUUGUAAUCGAAGUCGUAGCAGCGUUAAAAUUGAGAAAGCACAUAUUAAUUACAGAGCAUCUUCAAUGAAUCAUGAUUAUUUAACUAAUUAUUUAAUGGAUACAAUGAAUACACUUGAAAAUGAAGGUACAAUGGCCUGCUGUGAUGCUUUAUUUGUCCUUGUUUCAACAUACAAACAAUUUAGUGAUCGAAUAAGUUCUGUAUUAAACUGUCUAUUCGAAGAGGUGAAUAAACUUCAUGAAUGCGCCGCAAGAGAGUUAAAUGUAUCGCAUACAAAAACGUUAUUGUCUCUAGAGAAUGCCACUAAUGCAACAAAAUGGAGAGCUUCAAGUAUUAUGACUACAGAUGCAGAUGGUGGUGGAAGCUCCUCAAAGUAUCGUAGUUCAUCAACAGGUCGCGUGAUGUCUAGUGAUGAAUAUGAUCCAUGCGGACAUUCUGCUGUACAAAGCAGUGAUCCGUCAUCAGAUUUUGAAAAUAGUGGAGAAAUAUUAAAGAGUUUGAAAAGUCAGAAAUUAUCUAAUGGAACAAUAAACUCUACUAAUUCAUAUCAUCGUUCAAGUACUAUAAGCAAAUCAACACUACCCGUACCACCACCGACUAGAACAGCAACACAUAGCAUACAAUCUACAGAAACAAUAAUACAAGACAAUGAAGAUAAAACCUUAUGUAAUGCAUCUUCACCAACAGUAACAGUUUCAGAAGAAAUAAUUGAUACACACCACGAAAGUAGCAGUAACAACCACAGCAACAAUAAUAAUAAUAUUGAUAAUAAGGGAAAAUUGAGAGAGGUGAAUCUUUCGAAUAAUAUGACUAUUACAGGGAUAAAUGAUAAUACAUUGGGUAAAAGUAAUGGGACUAACAACUCUGAAAAUAUUCACAGCAACAGCACUGUUAAAAAUCACAAUAAUACUAGUUAUAACGAAGGCAACAAAAAGGAACAGGUGACUGUGACGAACAAUCAGUUGUCCAGUUCUACUUUACCUUCAUCUACAAACUAUUCCCUUUGUCAGUUUAAUCCGUAUCCCCAUCACUAUCAUCGUCAAACGUUAUAUAAUUCCAAUAAUGAUCAAAAAACAAGUGACUCAAGGACUCAGUCGGUGAAAAGUAAUAACUGUAUCGCUAGCAGCGGCAGCAGUAGUAGUAAUAGUAGUGGUGGUCAUAGUACUACUCAUGCUGAUAAAGCAGAAAUGACAUCACCUAUCGAUACGGCUUUAUAUUUUAGAGAUAAAAAUUAUGCUACUGAAAAAGAAUUCAGUAACAAAAUUUCUUUAUAUAAAAACAAAGAGGUGCCUUUUAGAGUAUUGAAAGAUCAUGAUGUUGUUAGUUACGAUGAAGAAAGUAGUGACAGUUUUAUUCCUAUUGUUAUUCAUAAAAAUUCUUCAACUAGCACUACACCUGUAGACAAUAGUAGUGAUAGUAAUAACAAUAAUAAUACUAAUGGUUAUCCAAAAAUAUAUCCCAGUCGUAAUAUUACUAACAAUACUACUGUUAUGACUGAUGUAAUAAACAAUGACAGGAUUUCGAAUAGGGAAACAAUAUUUCUAAAUGAUAAUGAAAUUAGAUCAUCAAGACAAAAUUUGAUACCAUGGGGAUGUCUACCGUCACCAAUAACUGAGGAAGAGGAUGAAUAGUAAGGGCUAUCGGUAUAUAAAUAUGUAUUUUCGCGAAGAGCAAUAUACGCUUAUUUUAUCACAGAAAUCAGCCUAUACAUGAAUCAAUAAAACAUCAAUUUACUAACCAUUAUUAUGAUCAAUAAUUGAAAGUUUUUAUAUAUUUAUGUCUGACAUAAUUAUCCUCACCAUCAUCAUCAUUAAUAUCUGUGAUAUUCAUUAUCGAAUAUGGUCAUCCGUAUUUCCUUUUUCGAUAAAUCUCUUUUUUGUUGCAUUCUGCUCUAAGAUACUGUACGAAAUUACACACUUUGCUUUAUAAUUGUGUUAUGCUUUUUCAUUGAUAAUAUUAAUAAAUGUUCUACUUACUAUCAUACAACAAGAAGAUGAUUAUAUCACUUAUUUAAUGAGACAUACAAAUGUAUUCGAUCUUUUCAUUAAUAAUUCAG